GAGAGAGCAGGCGUCAUGCUCCAUAAAACUGCUCUGAUACUCCGAGCUUACUUUUACUUCGACACGUACUGUCUGCUGAAUGGACACUCACGUUCCGGGUCACCAUUUUUCUCAGGCUGGUUUGGGUUGCGGUAUUUCCAGUGCGUGACCGGGGAUUCUGCUGCCAGCGUGGACGCUAUGAUAGCCAACGCCGCUUCUGGAGUCUGGUUCUCCGCUCGCCCUCCUCCUCACCUGUACGGAAGUGAGCGUAAGUGGCUGGCCAGGUAAUGUGUGCCGUACAAUUCGCGUUGGGCUUCAGAAACCUUGAGGACCAAUGGGGAUAUUUUUACUAAGUCUUUUCCUUCAUUACUGGCUCAACACAGUCGAAGGGACCUGCUCCGCUGGCCGCGCGCUGGCUUGUGACGAGUGUCUGCAGUCGGGGCCGCAGUGCGCGUGGUGCGCUCUGGAGAACUUCACAGACUCGUUCACAGUCGGUGACCGAUGCGGCACGCUGGAGGAGCUCCGCCUGAGAGGAUGCGCGAGGGAGUUCGUGCAGUUCCCGGUGACAACUUCCAAGCUGCUGGGGAACGAGCCCUUAGGACAAAAUACAAACAGCAGCAACACCUCAUACAUAUCACCCCAGAGGAUGGCUCUCAGACUUAGGCCAGGUAUGCCGGUAACGUUCCAGAUAAAGGUGCAGCAGCCUGGCGACCAUCCUGUGGAUAUGUAUUAUCUUAUGGACCUGUCUGCCUCCAUGGUUGAUGACCUGCAGAUGAUUACAAACCUGGGAUCCACUCUGUCCAAAGAAAUGGCUAGUCUCACCAGUAAAUUUAGACUGGGAUUUGGUUCAUUUGUAGAGAAGCCAGUUCUUCCCUUCAUCAAAAUUACCCCAGAAGAGUUGGCCAACCCCUGCAGGAGUGUGGAUAGCGUUUGUCUGCCCACCUUUGGAUACCGACACAUCCUUCCCCUUACAAGCAGCACAAACAAAUUCAACGAGAUCAUUUCCCAGCAACGCGUCUCUGCCAACAACGAAAACCCGGAGUGCGGCUUUGACGCCAUCAUGCAGGCUGCAGUGUGUGGGGACAAGAUUGGCUGGCGGAACGAUUCCAUGCGUCUGCUAGUGUUUGCCAGUGACGCUGACUCUCAUUUCGGAAUGGACAGCAAAAUGGCUGGAAUCGUCAUUCCCAACGAUGGCCAGUGCCACCUGGAUAACAACAAUGAAUAUUCCAUGACUGCCCACUUGGAGUUCCCUACGUUGGGGCAGCUUAAAGACAAGCUGGUGGAGAACAACAUCCUUCUCAUAUUUGCUGUCACUGCCAGUCAGAAAGAGAACUAUGAGAAUUAUGCAGCGCUAAUUCCUGGUGCUACAGUGGGCAUACUGGAAAAGGAUUCCCGGAACAUUCUAGAACUGAUCAUGACUGCGUACAAGGAACUGCGGUCUGAGAUUGAACUGGAGGUUCUGGGUGACACUGAACAUCUGCAGCUGUCCUUCACAGCCCUCUGUCAGGAUGGGACAGUCCACCCUGGGCUUAAACGCUGCACCAGCACCAAAGUUGGCGAUAUGGUGGCGUUUAACGUGACGGUGGAGCUGGCGCGCUGCCUGGAUGCUCCACGGCUCUUCUCCCUGCGGCCUUCCGGCUUCCGGGACACUCUGGAGGUGGAGCUGGAAUCCCUGUGUGCGUGCCCCUGCCAGGAGACCCCGGAACCGAGGAGCAGGUCCUGCAGUAGUGGGAGAGGGGCCCUGGUGUGUGGCUCCUGCGUGUGUGACCCCGGGUUCACCGGGCCUCGGUGCGAGUGUGAGGAGGGGAAAGCUCAGAUCAGUGACUGCAGGGCAGAGGAAGGUGAUGAUAUUUGCAGCGGGCAGGGAGAGUGUUUCUGUGGCCAGUGUGUCUGCCACUCACCCACUUUCGGGCAUGUGUAUGGAAAAUACUGCGAAUGUGAUGAUUUCUCCUGCCUCCGAUUCAGAGGAAAACUGUGUGGAGGCAAUGGGCAGUGUGACUGCGGCGAGUGUGUGUGCCACAGCAGUUGGACUGGCGAGUAUUGCAACUGCAGCACCAGCACACACACGUGUGAGUCUGUGGACGGGUCAAUCUGCAGUGACCGGGGCCAGUGUGUGUGUGGGAAGUGCGAAUGUUCUGUUCCUGGAGCUUCAGGUGAAAAGUGUGAGAAGUGUCCUACCUGUGGAGAUGUCUGUGGCUCAGUCAGAUCUUGUGCUGAGUGUUAUCUGAAAGCUGAAGAACCGUCAGAAGAGUGUGGCAGUAAAUGCAAAGCCGUUCAUGCUGCUGUGAGCAACUCGUCAGACUUUGAGGAAAGUCACGCGGUGCUGUGCACUCUUCAGAGUGAGAACGAGUGUCUGAUGUCCUUCGCUUUGGUGGAAAGUAACAGGGCCAACAGACUCUACAGACUCAGGCUGGACGACUGUCCCGAGCCCCCAAACAUCUCUGUGAUCGCUCUGGGUGUUUGCAUGUCUGUGCUCACGAUUGGCAUCACACUCCUCGUAGUCUGGAAGCUUCUUGUGUCUGUCCAUGACCGAAAAGAGGUGGCCAGGUUUGAGGCAGAGAGGGCCAAAGCAAAAUGGCAAUCAGGCACAAACCCCCUUUUCAGGAGUUCAACAUCAACAUUUAAGAAUGUGGCAUAUAAAAAUACAGGUCGACAGAAAGUUGAUAUAUGUUGAAGGGACAAACAAACUACAGAAUGUAAACUGUUCAUUAACACUCUGUGUGUGUGUGUGUGCGCGCGUGCGUGCGUGUGUGUGUGCGUGUGUGUGUAACUUUCUUUUUCUGGUAGAUGUUUACAUCUCAGAUUUAAGCAGUGGGAAAAGAUUAAUAUACUUGCUGCUAAUUAAAAAAAAAAAGUCAGGUCAGAAACAGAAUUAUUUGCGCCCUUGAUUUUAAAAAGGUGAAACCGAUUGCAGUAAAUCAUAAUUUGGGAACAUCUUGCAAUGCAGUGUAUAAUAUGGCCAAAAUAGCCAAAACACAGUGGCAAAAACAUGCAGUUUGUAUUUUUUGUCUGGUGUUGGCACUGCUGAUUUUAUGGCUGAGAGUAUUUAUUAAGUAGGAGAAGCUUUGGGGCCAUUUUGGACCCUCCCUCUACACAGCAAUUCGUGUGACCUCUGUGGUGGAGACAGUCCUGGGAUUGCUAGAAUUCAUUACGGCAUUAUUCUUGACACUUUUAUUGGCUAACGAAACAGGAAGUAAAGGCGGGGUCAUUGACACUGAUAUAGAUUUUUUUUUAUCUCACUCACGGAUGCCGAUAAUUCUGUCCGUGAUUGAAUAAAAGCGUAUACUACUGCAACUUUUCUACGUGCGAAACACUGGACAUUGCUUUGACGUUUCGGUUUCAACACAGUUAACGAAGUUUUAUAUUGUGUGAUGUGUAUUUGAUGUGUACUUUUUAAGGUUUACGAUAUUGAAAGUUAUUGGCUACUCUGAGGCUGAGCCUUGAGCUAUAUUUUAAUAUCAUAAAUUAUGUUUAGACUAAUGUUUAAUAAAGUUGGAUU